AUGCCAGCUUCCAUUGAUGUCGAACUCAUUUUGCGUACUAUUGACGAUGCUACUCGUGAUUGGAAACAAAAAUUUCAAACAACGACUAAUGAAUUAUUGGAAGAUAUUGGGCAAUUAUUCUCUAGCUGCGUACAAGCCUUAAUUGAACUAUCAAUCGCUACGGAUGAUAACGAGAAAUCAAAAGAGGAUCGACUUAAUGCUGAACGUAUUGUAUCAAAACUAAAAGAAUUAAGAUAUUCGUUAGGUAAUCUAUGGCCAAACAGUAUGAAUAGUUUUGGUAGAGAUAUUUUCAAUGUUGAUAUAUAUCGAGUUGAAGCGGCCGAAUUUUUUCAACCUGUUCCUUUUUAUCCAAAUGAUGAUUUCAUCAUGAAAUUAUAUCGUUGGUCAGUUUAUAACACGGAUGGAAUAGUGAUUUAUCGUUAUUAUUUAGAGAGAAGUGAAAUGAUUCCUGGACAACCGUACUAUGUUCUAGGACGGUCAGAAUCUAGUGGACAUACUCAAAUUCAACCAUAUGGAACUACUAUACCAGAUUAUAAUCAAAUGAAAAUUCAUGUCAUUGAUGAUUUAAAAGGUCAAGGUCCUUCGCCAAUUAUUUCAUUAGUGUACCCAUCAUCUAAUAAUUGA